AUGUUUGUUUGGAGCGUUGAAGGUGAUAGGGGAGGUAACCAUUCCAAUUUUUCAGUACCUGAAGUCGAGGCUGGAGUUUCUACACCUAGUGGGUUUCUUCUGAACACGACAGUGCAGAUAGUGUACCAAGUGACCUCUCUCAACUGCUCACGUGACACAAACAUCACGCGCCUUGAACCUCAUGUCAACAGCACGACCAGUCGGACAUUGACCCCACGAGCGCGGGUCACCCAGUAUUUGGAUGGCUACCUCAGUGAGGGCGAUUACAACUAUUACAUCAAUAUAGUUGACCCACUGCGUUUCGCCCUGCAUGGGAUUACAACCCCUGUCCUUCUGCUGACCAUCUUCGCAUUUUGUCGAGACAAGAAGAAAACCACGUCCAGCAAAUUCAUCAUCUUCCUCAACCUGUUUGAGUUGAUCUGUAACUUAGCUAAUCUUAUCCUUUUUAUCUUCAUCUACACGGUCGGCAACACGGACAGGCUAACUGUGUUGUGGACGCUCAUCUCUAACGUUAUCAUCGUAUCUUGUCGCCGUGUUGUGUACGUCAUCAACCUGUUCCUGAGUAUCCAGCGAACCGUGGCGGUGACGGUUCCCCUCAAGUACAGGUCCAGUGCAGUCCUGCAGGGCGGGAGGGCUGUCUUCAUAGCCGUGCCGUGCGUGACCUUCACCUUCCACGCUUACCUCAUCCCCAUUUACUCGGUCAUAGAGGUCAAGGCUGGGGUUUUCGCCCAAAGCACCACCCAGAUCUACAAAGACAAUCUGGAGCUGUUUGAGACACUUAGCAACUUCGGCAAGACGGCCUUCUCCUACGUGCCUCUGGCCCUGAGCCUCCUCGCUAACGUCGUCCUACUCUUGCUGGUCAGGGGACUGAGAGAGAAGUCCAAGGCUAUACAAGCCAACACAGAGGCCAGCAGACGACCUCGCCGUGACCGUCAGAUGACCGCCAUGAUCGUGGUGUCCACACUCGCCUACACCGUGCUGUCACUGCCCGCCAACAUCAACCAGAUCGUCAGCUACUACAGCUACACCUACGGCAUGGGGCUACGGGACAACUACCUGUAUCUGCUGCUUAGGAGGGCGGUCAACGUCUCUCAGACUGUCGGGGAUCUGACGAAUUUUCUCAUCUAUGUGUGUUUGAGCAAGUCCUUCAGGCUCCAGAUGUUGCAGGCUGUGUUCCCACAGAGGUAUUCCAGCCCUCGUCCUGACAUCAGUAGACACCAGCACGAGACAAGAACAGAGAACGUAACUCUGUCAUCACAGAACAUCGGUUCUCUCCCCGAGUGA